AUGGCCAAAACUCGCUCGUUCGUCCUCUUCUGCCGCCGUGCCCUCUUCCUCUGUUGCCGGUGUGCCCCGUUCCUCCUGCCUUCCUGCUCCUUCGACUUUGUCGCUCCUCCUUCUGUUCCGUCCUGUCCUUUCGGUUUCUCCUUCCCUCGCCCUUCGUCUUCUGCGGCGUCAGUGCCUGCUGUUUCUGUCGUCCGUGUGCCUACUUCUGCCCAUUUGUCCCCGGUUCGCAAGCCUGUGGCGCCCACCGGUGGAGAGGUCGAAGACAUUUUGUUGGAGACCUUCCUCGACGAGCCAAUCCAGUGGGGAGAUUAUGAUGGCGGCCGUGGGGUUGUUGUCUCCCGUAAAAAGGAACAACUUCCGCCUCCCGUUGCCGAUGAUAUCGACAAUCCAGUGGAUUGGGAGCCGCUGGGUUCGACUGAGGAGUCGACCUGGUCGGCUUGCGCCACUGGCCCAGGCAAAGUCCAUGUGGAAGAAAUAGAUUGGGUGUAUACCCUUUUCGAUCCCAUAAACUGGGAAUGGUGCUACUAA